AUGCCACCACGGAUAGCAGACAGAUUAUUCGACAUUGCUCGUGGUAUCCUACCGACAGGCGACAACGUCCCCUCGUCAGGAUCCGAUGAACUGCAAAUCGCUGGUCUGACGGACAUCGAGGUGGACAAGGUCAACGCUUGGAGAGCCAUCCGGCAGGCAUCAUGGGCUGGAGCGUUCUAUCUCUGCACGACGGACAUUCUUGGACCAUUCAACGCCCCAUAUGCCUUCAGACAGAAUGGAUAUGUACCCGGCACUUUACUAUACGUCUUCAUGGGAAGCCUCGCAUUCUACUGCGGCGGCCUGCUCUGGUGGCUGUAUGUCAAGCUUGAUAGCGAUCGCUUCCCAGUCAAGAGCUACAGCGACAUCACGGAACGGACUGCUGGAAAGUACAUGCGCGUACUCGUCACCUGGCUCGUCUUCAUACACAUGAUCGUCAACGUGGCGACCACCAGCCUCAGCGCAGCUCAGUCGCUGUACCAGCUAUCAAAAGGACGCAUUUGCUUCGUCGUCGCCAUUAUUGUCUGGAUUGUCGUCGGCUGCCUUCUCAAUCAGAUCCGCACGCUCAAACGAUACAGCUGGCUUGCAAGCUCGGCUAUUUGGAUUAAUCUACUCGUGAUCUUCCUCUCUGUUGGCUUCAUAGCACAUUCACCACCGAACUACACUGCUGCGAAGGCAUCUUAUGGUAUCGAAGCCGGUCCCGUCAUUACGCAGAAGUUCGCUACCUACCCUUUCUACGAGCGCAUCAACGGUGUUAUGAACAUCGUCUAUGCUUAUGGUGGCGCCACGAUCUUCCCUCAGAUCAUUGCGGAGAUGCGCAGACCCAUGGACUUUCUGAAAGCUUUCUCCAUGGCUCAGGCAGUCAUUUUCAGCAUCUACGUCUUCUACGGCCUGUACGUGUACAGCUUCCAGGGUCAAUAUACUUUGCCUGUCGCCUUCCAGGGCGUCUCAAAGUACUCAUGGCAGACGGUCGGCAAUGCACUCAAUCUGGUUUCCACCAUCAUCGCGGGAGGCCUUUACGGGAAUAUUGGCCUCAAGAUCCUUUACGUCAACGUCAUUGAGCGCUUCUUGAAGGGACCAGCUCUGCUGUCGUCCCGUGGACGACUGUGUUGGUCGUUACUUGUGCUCGCCUUCUGGUGGGUUGGCUUUGUCAUCGGCAGCGCUAUACCACAGGUGCAGACCUUGAGUGGCAUGGUCGGAGCCGCUACCAACAUGCAAUUCACCUACAGCUUCCCAACUGGCUUUACUUUCCUCUACUUAAUGCAGCUUGAUGCAGCUGCGGAUGACGCGCCAUACAGCCCUGACGGUGCUACCGGGCGGGUCGAUACUUGGCAAAGUCUAAGCAGGUGGAGACGGGGCUUUCUUGGGAGUCCACGUACUAGACGACCAAUACUGCAAGCGUUCAAGCUGGUCAAUCUGGUUCUUUGCAUCGCUGCUUUGGCCACGGCUGGUCUUGGAAUAUAUGGAUCGGGUCUGUCCAUUGCAGCGGCCUUCAAAAGCUCUGUGGCUACAUCCUUCGGUUGUGCCGCACCGGUGUAG